AUGCAUUAUUACACUGAGGAAUUAGCGGACCGCAUCUACACCCGUGGACCGCAUCUACACCGCGCGGACCGCAUCUACACCCGCGGACCGCAUCUACACCCGCGGACCGCAUCUACACCCGCGGACCGCAUCUACACCCGCGGACCGCAUCUACACCCGCGGACCGCAUCUACACCCGCGGACCGCAUCUACACCCGCGGACCGCAUCUACACCCGCGGACCGCAUCUACACCCGCGGACCGCAUCUACACCCGCGGACCGCAUCUACACCCGCGGACCGCAUCUACACCCGCGGACCGCAUCUACACCCGCGGACCGCAUCUACACCCGCGGACCGCAUCUACACCCGCGGACCGCAUCUACACCCGCGGACCGCAUCUACACCCGCGGACCCUAUCUACACCCGCGGACCGCAUCUACACCCGCGGACCGCAUCUACACCCGCGGACCGCAUCUACACCCGCGGACCGCAUCUACACCCGCGACCCUAUCUACACCCGCGGACCGCAUCUACACCCGCGGACCGCAUCUACACCCGCGGACCGCAUCUACACCCGCGGACCGCAUCUACACCUGCGGACAGCAUCUACACCCGCGGACCCUAUCUACACCCGCGGACCCUAUCUACACCCGCGGACCGCAUCUACACCCGCGGACCGCAUCUACACCCGCAGACCGCAUCUACACCCGCGGACCCUAUCUACACCCGCGGACCGCAUCUACACCCGCGGACCGCAUCUACACCCGCGGACCGCAUCUACACCCGCGGACCGCAUCUAA